AUGCUUCUGAAAGGCUUCCUUUCGGGUUGGGUCUGGGGGCUGCUGCUGGGGCAGCGUAGCGAUAUUAUUUUAGCUGCGAACAACGCUGCAGCAAAUGACCACGUUGGAGUUGUGAAGCAACUGCUGCUACACGCAGAACCUCCGCGGCUUGCCAAUGCCAGCGCUGUCGUUCAAACCAAUCGUCAUCCUGGUAACGUUUGUAUCACUACUGCCAUUCAACGCGUGGCGGGAAGAGGAGACAUUGAAAGCUUGCGGCUGCUUCUGCGGGAACCCUGUAGUCUGGAUUACCUAGGUCGUGGACUUCGGGCUGCAGCAGCAAGUGGUCAUAUUCGUGUGGUAAAGUUGUUGCUACUGUCGGCUGAGUUGUGGCAAGUCGGUGUCAGAAAUGCAUUGGAGCGCGCUGUGGAGAACGAUCACGUUUCUAUUGUGAAAGUCCUGGUCGGGUUCUGUACAGCCUCUGAGAUCAAAGCUGCUGCCGCGAGGGUUCCUGUUGGGGGUCGAGUUAAAAUCUCACGUUUGUUGCGAGAGAAGGAAUUUGAGAAAAGAAAAGAAGAAGCUCGAGUUCGUAACGAGGUGGAGACCCUGGAGACGAUUGAUUGCAUUUGCAAUUUGUGCGACUGUGUGAUGCCCUUACUGGCGUCGAUUUGCGGGCUCCUCCAGGAGCCAUGA